AUGGUUGCAGUAAAAACAACAUCUACUACACUUGGCAAUUCAUCUAAUGGAGAUCCUGGUGGAGGUAGUACUUUAGAUCCUGACUCUGAAAAUGGUACAAUAACGAUAACAUUAGAAGAGACUGAGUCAACUGCGCCAUCGAAUGGGUCUGAUGAUGGUCUAAGUGUAACGACCCCAAGUGCAUUUAGUGUCAGACAAUCUACUAUGAAAGGUUACUCUUCAUCUAGACCAUCUCAGUGGAUUAAUGGCUCAUUUGUCACAGAUAGCUUGCCAACAUCAACACCUUCAAGUCGUACCAAUAAGAGUACUCGACCAGUUACUAGUCGUCCUUCAACCAAAGGAGUAACUAGACUACCAACAACGAAGGUGACAGUUUCAUCGACUGUAAAACAAUCAGGAUCAGCUUCAGGAACAACAACAGUUCGACCUUAUUUUGAAACAACAACCCAAUGCUUACCCGAGACAACCACCAUAUUUACUUAUACAGCAGAUGAGAUACUGCAAUUAUCAGAAACUGAACGAACAUCUCUUCGAGAUUUAUGUUGGGAAACAAUGUUUGGUCAAGAGUUGGCUAAAAUUUUGGUUGCUGAUACAUUACUGGGAAUUGUUAUCACCAUUGUUGCCGAUUAUGGAAGAGCCUUGUUUGUUAGAUAUUGCAACGACUGUAGCUGUAUUUUUUGGGAUUGGGAGACACAGUUUCCUGGCUAUUCUGACUUUCAAAUCGCAGAAAAUAUACUCUCACCCUCACUUGUUAAUAAUCAAGCUAAUAUUUGGCUAGGCAUGUUUUUCUCACCUGGUUUGCCUGGAAUUAAUACAAUUAGGUUAUGUAUAUUAAUGUAUUUACAAUCUUGGGCUGUUUUGACCUCAAAUAUACCUCAUGAAACUGUCUUCAAACUAAUUGGAACUAAAUUUUGA